CCCCCCGCCCUCCCCGGCGCUGCCGCCUCCCCCCUCCGCCGUACGGAGCAGGUCCCGGGUGCUGGGGGAGACCCGGGGGCAGAUUAAUCAGCCACUCGAUGGGGAUUAACAGUGGAGCACCUCUUUGUGUCGCCUUUCCACCUCUGUGUAGCACGAAUAACAACUUCAGCACUUCUUCAAUAAUAAUUAUGAAACUGGUAUUAACUGAAUGGCAAUUAUGGAUUUUUAACUCUAACUCACAGUAAACCAGCAAGCCAUAUGUUGAAAUACCUACCAAAUAGCUUUUCAUUCUUAAUGUCUCAUAUCUAUACAAGAAGUUGCAAGAUACCUGUUUGUACAAGAGGAAUAUAAGCAUUACUUGCCUGAGGAACAGAAGCUGAAAGAGAAGACACCCUAACUUGUUCGUGGAGUUAUGGUAGUAUUAUUUAUAUAGAUAUAACAAAUAUAUAUAUUUUUUAUGGUAAUGAAAAUGGCUCCUCAGAAUGCUGACUCGGAAUCUAUGCAAGUUCAAGAUCUACCUGUGGCACAGCUUCAGAAACCAGAAAACAAGGAGAAUGAAAGUAGGGAGGAGACCAUUAGUGAAGGAUCCAUAGACCGGAUACCGAUACGCCUGUGGGUGAUGCAUGGUGCAGUAAUGUUUGGCAGGGAAUUUUGUUAUGCCAUGGAGACAGCUUUGGUAACACCUGUAUUGUUACAAAUUGGUCUUCCUGAACAAUACUACAGCCUCACUUGGUUCCUCAGCCCUAUCCUGGGCUUGAUCUUCACUCCGCUCAUAGGUUCGGCCAGUGACCGCUGCACGCUGAGCUGGGGCCGCCGGCGGCCUUUUAUCCUUGCUCUCUGCAUUGGUGUCCUCUUUGGAGUUGCACUUUUCCUUAAUGGCUCUGUGAUAGGUCUGGCUAUUGGUGAUGUCCCAGACAAGCAGCCCAUUGGAAUAGUUCUCACGGUGCUUGGGGUUGUGGUGUUGGACUUCUGUGCUGAUGCAACCGAAGGGCCAAUUCGGGCCUACUUGUUGGAUGUGGUGGACAGUGAAGAACAAGACAUGGCCCUGAACAUCCAUGCAUUUUCAGCUGGUCUUGGAGGAGCAAUUGGUUAUAUGUUAGGAGGGCUGGACUGGACACAGACCUUCUUGGGUAGCAUUUUUAAAUCUCAAGAGCAAGUCCUUUUUUUCUUCGCAGCCAUUAUUUUCUCUGUCUCCGUUGCUCUCCACCUUUUUAGCAUUGAAGAAGAGCAAUAUAACCCUCAGCAGGAUAGGAUCGAUGAUGAAGGAGACACACUUUCCAGUGCCAAAUUCAGUGGCAGUCUCCCCCCUCUGAACCGGCUGAAUGUAAUUAGUGAGGAAGAGCCCUAUGGAGCUUCCAUGUUCCAUGAUGAGGUUCAGUCGGAGCAUGACCUCAAUAUGGAGUUCCUUGAGGUGAACAUUGUGAGAAGCAAGAGUGACUCAGUUCUGCACAUGCCCGAUGCCACAUUGGAAAUUGAAUCGGAGCUGCUUUUCCUGCAUGACAUCGAACCCUCCAUUUUUCAGGAUGCUUCAUAUCCAAACACUCCCCACAACACAAGCCAAGAGAUCAUGAAGUCCAAACUCAACCACCUGUCUGCUUUCCUCAGGGAGAAUGAGAAGGAGGAGGAAAUGUUGCUUGAUAAUCGUUUAAAUGAAGAUAAAAUCCCAAACAUCAACGGCUCCCUACCAAAAGAGUUCCUCAAUGGGCACGCCAGAAUAGGCAUGAAGCAAUCCAGCACUUCCAACUCCAUGCGACGGCGGAGGCACAUGUUUUACCGGCAGCCGUCCUACACCUUCUCCUACUACGGCAAGAUCGGCUCCCAUCGGUACCGCUUUCGCCGGGCCAACGCCAUCGUCCUGAUCAAGUCCUCGCGCAGCAUGAACGACAUCUAUGACAUGCAGAAACGGCAGCGGCAGCGCUGCCGGCACCGCAACCAGAGCGGCACCACCAACUCCAGCGGGGACACGGAGAGCGAAGAGGGCGAGACUGAAACCACUGUCAGACUGUUGUGGCUGUCAAUGCUAAAAAUGCCCAAGGAGCUGCUGAGGCUGUGCGUCUGCCACCUCCUGACUUGGUUUUCCAUCAUUGCUGAAGCUGUGUUCUAUACAGAUUUCAUGGGACAGGUCAUCUUCCAGGGCGAUCCAAAGGCCCCUUCAAACUCGACUGAGCUGCAUGCCUACAAUGCUGGGGUUCAGAUGGGAUGCUGGGGGCUGGUGAUUUAUGCUGCUACUGCUGCUGUUUGUUCAGCCUUAUUGCAGAAAUACUUGGACAACUACGACCUUAGCAUAAAAGUGAUCUACAUCCUGGGCACACUGGGUUUUUCCCUUGGCACUGCAGUGAUGGCCAUGUUCCCCAAUGUGUACGUCACCAUGAUAAUGAUCAGCACGAUGGGUAUAGUCUCCAUGAGCAUCUCCUACUGCCCCUACGCGCUUUUGGGACAAUACCAUGAGAUAAAACAGUACAUCCACCACAGCCCUGGGAACUCAAAGCGAGGGUUUGGCAUUGACUGCGCCAUCCUGUCAUGUCAGGUUUACAUCUCCCAGAUCCUGGUGGCCUCUGCGCUCGGUGGCGUGGUGGACGUGGUCGGCACGGUCAGAGUCAUCCCCAUGGUGGCUUCGGUGGGAUCCUUCCUGGGUUUUUUGACAGCGACUUUCUUGGUGAUUUACCCUGAAGUCAAUGAAGAGCCAAAGGAAGAGCAGAAAGGACUGGGUCCUCCAGAGACAGCCGAGGGCAGCGGUGCAGGCAUGGAGAAGCCGACGGUGCUGAAGCUGACGCGCAAAGGAGCCACGGCGGUGGAGCCGGAGGGCGAGUCAGCCGUGUGAGGCCACCGACACUUGUUCACCCACAUUCCAAGGAGUGCAGGUGCAGGAUCAAGAACUUUCGUUGUGGUUUUCUUUUUCCAGGAAAGCAAAUUAGGACCUUCACUACUUGUAGCUAAAAUUUGCAGAAGAAAAGGCAGUUUCAUGCAAAAAUGUAAAUUAAAUUCCGUAGUCCUUCCUCUAGGUUUGAGCAGGUCACUCUGACGCUAAUUGCUUUCUCUACAACUUAGAAACAUCAUUUCUGAACACUUUUUUAUUAAGAAUACAUUUAGAUUUCAACUAAGUUUUAUUAAUCUGCAUGAGACUCACAGUGUAUACAAUUAGCAGUUAGAAAAAUUAAGUUUUCGGCUGUUUUUAAACUAACAGAAAAUGGAAGCUAUCUCUACCUAUAGUUUCUUGCCAUUUUUUUGUCUGAAAAUUUCAGAUUUCACUAGCAUAAUAACCGAAUCAAAUGCUUAGACAUCAAUCGAUUUUUUCACAAGCAUGAUAUUACUGGUCUGACAGCUACGUUAAUUUUAGACUUCAUGUUUUUGUUAGUGCAAUUACUGCAGAAUCCUUUUAUUUGCAAUUAUUUUCAAGGGGAAAAAAGCAAUUACUGCAGAAUCCUUUUAUUUGCAAUUAUUUUCAAGGGGAAAAAAGCAAUUACUGCAGAAUCCUUUUAUUUGCAAUUAUUUUCAAGGAAAAAGAAAAGCAAUUACUGCGGUUUCUAAGAAAUUGCCAUGAAUUCUUUUAGUCAUACUAUUCACAACCACUCCCAAAUCUGCUGCUUGUCAGGAGAGGGUGACACUGAGUGCUGGAUGUCAGCUUUAGAUGGAAGGAGCAGCAGCUGGGAGAGGUGACCAGCACUCAUAGGUUUCUUUAUCACAAGUGCUGCAUUUUAUGAAUGUCGUUGGAUUACGCUGUGACAAUUUUUAGCUGAGAGUUUCACGUGCUGGUGAACUCGGGGGUUUUCUCAGCAUUUAAACCUGAUCAUCUCUGGAAGAAGCUGCCGUGGAGAAAGGGCAUCUCUGGGGUCAGCUUCAUGGGAGGGGGCGUGCGGAUUCUCUUCUGUAGGGAAAGGAAGUCACUGAUUAAUUGCACUUUUUACAAUCCUUUAACCUCCUGGCUGGGAAUGCAGCAGCCAAGGUAAAGGCACGGGGUCAGUACAACAAGGAGAACCCAAGGCCUACCUCCGUCACUUUAUUGCUUAGUCUGGGUGUAUAAAAAUCUGUGUCAGAAACAGUUUUCAGGCCUUAAAAUUCAAAUGUUGCUGUUCCGGUCCCUGUGUUGGAGGAAUUGUAGGCCAGAGCUCUUCUGAGCUGCCAUACCAAUGUCGUCAGCACAUCCUCCAUUGUCCCCUUCUAUGAUUCAGGACACAGCUGCAGUGCAAAGAUACUUUUCUGGAAAGAGGUUGAAAGAGUUGUGCUAACUGGAUUUAAAAUAGGUUUGGAUCAUUUUCCAGCAGCCAUUUAAAGCAACUUUCAAAACUUGUGUUUCACAAACUUCUGAUUGUCAUUUGUAAGACGUGUUUGUGAUGCUGUUGACUCAUUUUGGCUUGGGCCCCCUGGGCUGCUGUCAGUCCGUGUGCUGGACAGGCAAACACAGCGUGGUGUGAGAUUCCUGCUGCCUCAAACUCCUCCUUCUCCGAGACUUGCAAAUGCCUGUGUCAAUCAUGCUGCAAUCCAGGCAUUCAGACAAAGCUAUAUUACAAUAUGAAAAGCAAUUUUUAAUGAACUACUUGAAUUGUCAAUGUAUUUGAGAAAUGGAUGUUUGGAUGUAUUUGAAGGUGGCGUCCGUGGGUUUCUCUGAAGGCUUCCAGUCAAUGCCUAUGGCCUCUGCUAUCAAGAGUGACCAGUUUUUAGGCUGGUGACAUCACAGAGCACUGAAGUACAUGUAAUCACACAGGACUUAGGGGUUGUAUUUGUUUUUCCCAGUAUCUUGAGGAAGUCUUUUUUUUCUCUAUGGUGAAUAUUUUUUUUAUGUAGAACACGUACUGUGAACUGUGUUCAGCCAGGGGAGUGAUACUACUGAAGAGUGUGAGAUCUUACUGAAGAAAGCAGUUGUGAGAAAUUCUGACAUGAAUUUUACCAUCUCAGUUACAUUUAAUAUAUUCCGGUGAUGUUCAUGUGUGAGAGACAAAUGAUGUGUUUCACCCUGGAACUGGCAUUCAUGUAAGUUACAUGCUGAGUUACACAUUUUAAAGUGGCUUUAAUAUUUUAGUUUUGAAGUUCCUUUUGAAGAUUCUGAUUCUGGUUAAAUAACCACUGUCAAGUACUCCUAAUUUUAAUCUCUACUGCAGGAAAGGUUCUUCAACAGUUUAAAAACUUGCAUCUUCUGACUGGUGCCAGCCUUACUCUUUCCCCAAGGGUUCCACGGACCAGCAUGGAUCAAAUCUCCAUUACUCCACAUUGCACUUUCUAAGCCAAGAUCUUUCACUGCACCAUCAGACUGACCAAAUAGCUGCAGAGAGGGAGGAGAGGCUGAAGCUCCCUCUGACUUCACAUCCCACAGAGGAAACAUGAAACCAUUUUGGGACUGAGCUCACCCAUGUUUAUGGAGCUUUCUCAGCCAGGGAAGGCCAAGGAGGGAGGAAGGACCUUUCAUUUUGAACCCAGAGGCUUCAAGCUAUGGCAGGGCAGGGCCAGUUUUGUCACAGACAGCGUUUGGCAUGGCUUCAUUUCUAAGAACUGGAUGUUAAAAUCUGUGUUUGGAGUUAUGGGGCUAAUAACACACGAAUAUGCACGCUGCCACAGCAGGAAGCUGAUUUCACUCCCUGGUAAAGGCAAAGGAAAUAAUUAUUCAUUGUAAAUGUGCUGAAGUUUUUGUAGUGUUGCCAGAAGAAUUAACUUGGGGAGCCUCAGCCAAAGCAUCUCUUCCUAUCCUUGGGCCAGCCAGGGAAACCUCCACUCUGGCUUUACCUGCUGAGGUCUCCCAAGGGCUUUUCCUUGGAUGUGAGAGUUUUCUUUCUAGCCCCAGCACUUCUCAGGGUAGAGUGGGCAAUGAAUUAUUUCUUCAUCUGUCCCUUACCUUAUCUUUUGAUACAGAAAUGAUUAAAUUUUUUGCCACAAUUAAAGAUAAAGUAGUACAGUUUUAUGUGUUUGUUGCAGAGCUUGUGGAAAGAGAAGUUUGAAAUGGCUUUUUUUUGUUAUUCCUGGUGACAACGAACACCUUUUUUUUUUUGUUUGUAUUCCUGUCUAGUUGAAGUCAUCCCAUUGGACCUUCAGUAUAGUAGGACUAAGGUUUAGUGGUUCAAUUCUGUGUUGUUCAGUACUAUAAACAAUUUUAACAUGUUCUGCUGCAGUGAUGUGUGACACGAGGCACUGCUGGUGCUCAGACCCUUGAGGGCUGUGGUCAAUCAGCUGCACAUCUUGAGAUGUUUCAUGUGAGAGCAGAGAAGCUUUAACUUUCACCCCUCAGAAAGGCCAAGUGUGGAUUUGGCCCUGUUGGGUUAUUCCAAGAGUCCAGUGAUAUCUGUGCUGUUUGUGGACAGCAAUUUCAGAUUCCAGAAGCAAUAAUUUCUUAAGAAUGUUUCUCUUCCUGCUGAUUUGAUGACUUUCAUAGAGAUUUAUUGCCUAAAUAGCCUUUUAAUAACACAAAUCUGGCAAUUUGCUGGCUGUGAGCAGUUGUGGAAAGAUAGGAGUUGUUCAUAAUCAUGAGGGAGGAUGCCAGUAAAUCCAAGAGAGGUUUGUGCUCUUGAAACACACAAUGUCCUUUUCAUCUUUCAUCUGGAGCCUUUUUCUAGGCUCUGAAAUAUUCCCAGCACAUCAGUCUGGAAAGGAGGUGGCUGCAAAUGUACCCUCCUGAUUUUUUUGCUGUUGCCAAUGCUGGCACUCAGACACCAGGAUGGAACAGGCUGUGUGAGGUUUUCCUCAUAGCAAGGACCGAGUCUUUCUUAUCCCUCUCCCAGCAAGAUCUGAACCCCCCAGCACUUGCAAUGACAGCAGCAACCAUGGUGCAUUUUGCAAGGUACCUCGUUCAAACCUCAGUUCCAUCAUUAAGAACAUGUCCCCUGCCCUUGGUCCAGGGUGAGCUUGGCUUCCUCCAGAAUCCACCAUAAAAAGCAGGAUUUUCCUGGCUGCCACAUCUCACAACCAUGGAGGUUGAAGUCACAUCUAUGAGCAAAGGUAGAGAAAGUCACACUUUGUUCCUGGGAGAGCUGGGACAUCUGGGCAGGAGAAGCUCAUGAGGCAGGUGCUGAGAUUUGGGGGUUUUUAGGGAUGUGUAUGUGUGUGUGUGUGUGUGUGUGUGUGUGUAUGUGUGCGCACCUUUGUAUUUGUACAUUUCCAGACACACUGCUUGGGCCAAAAUACCUUUGGGGAUUGUGUGUUGCUGUCCCUGGACUCCACAAUGUUUUCAACUGAGUUCUUCCAGGUUUCCCUCAUCCUAGUCUGAUGUGAGACAAGCUCAGCUAUAAAUAUGUAUCCUUAAAUGAACAAAUUAACUCCUGCAUGAUAUUCCAAGCACAUGUAGCAGCUUCAGCAUCUGAAGUGUCUGUCAUGAAAGAGAAGUUGGUUUUCUUUGCAGCUGUUUUGUCCUCGUUUCCUUUGAAUAGGCCAAAUAAAUGUAAUGGACACCAAAUGUUGCACAGAAAUGUUGUUGAUGACUGUGUGGAAAAAAUACCAAAUUUUAUUUUUCUUUGCAGAAACUUUAUGGUUCCAGAGAGUCCUUUAGCUGUUUUCUUUCCUUAAAUGACAAAGCUGAACGUUUGUAAAGCACAUCACAUAAUGGUCAUUUGGAAAAAGUGGAGCUACCCAAAGUUUUCUCUUUGUCAUGUUGCAUCCAAAGGAGCUGCAGCAGCUCAAACACCAACUGGGGUUUGAAUUCGAGUCUCAGCAGAGUUCAGAAACUGCCUUAGAAAACAACAAAAAGGAUCAAUUCCUUUUCAUGACACUUGCACCCACUGAUUUGCUCAUUAAGGUGUUCCAGGUUUUCCUAUCAUUUAAAUUAAAAUCACCUCCUGGAAAACAAAUUUAGUUUGGUUCCUCAACCCGAGCAGCUUCAUCUGAAUUUCCACUUCAGCUUCCCUUGCCCCAAGAAACGAGGGGUGCCCAGGAGGGAAAAAUGCAUCCCCCACCAAAAGAGAGUAUCUGCUGUAAUUAAAGGGCUUUUGAAGCCCUUGUGACCUGCUAAAAUUUUAAGGAAAAUGCAUAGCAUGGUUCAGUUUCACCUGCUCUGGCACAUUUAUUCUUAAAUUUGGAAGUUUGGGUUGAAGAUUUGGGAGCAUUUAGUCAAAAUCAAUGUCACCUUAUUUACCAUGCACCUACUCAGUCCUCUGUAACAGCCAAACUAUAGUAAAUAACCCCAAGAUCCAGACUUUUUCUCUCAAAAAAUUGGCAAUUCCCAUUAUGAAUUUGUUUUGCCUGAUGUAACAUGAACACUAAGCCCUUUAAGUAGCCAAAUGACCAGCUUAUUUUAAAUGCCUCGUAUUACUAGAAAGCUGCAUAUAGGCAUCUCAUAGCGGGGAAAAAAAUUAAAAAAAAAAAAAAAAGAAAAAAGAAAAAAGAAUAUUUAGUUCCUUUGUGAACUGGCCAUAUGACAACUACUUUUUUAUCAACUUAUUAAGUUGGGGCACUAUAAUAGCUCUUGCUGAGUUUAGCAAUGUUUAUAAGCAUGUGUUAAACACAUAAUGUUGUUUUAUGAGGAAAAAGGGAUAAAGAAAAGUGAUGUCACAGAUGAAUGUUUGAGUGCGUAGAUGGCAUAAUGUAUGUAUGAUUUUUAUUUCUACACUGUUGAGCUUAUUUUCUGUUUAAAGGUUAAAAAAAUUGUUGCAUGAGAACUGUUUUACUGUGUUCUGCACUUUCUGUUCUUUUUGUAUAAUCUUGAUUUUUUUUCAUUUAUGCAUAGAAAAAAAAAUCAGUUUAGAAAUAUUCUACUCCACGAGACAUUGUGUUCCAAUCUGUUGUUCCAAAGUUCGAUCUUAAUAAACAUUUCAGUAAGA